ACAGCAAGAACUCGGUGCUCAAGUGAAAUCCAGGUCCGUUUAAUUGAAAUGGUAAUUUACAAUUCCUGUCCUAGCUCAGAGUGUCCUCCCUGACAUGGAUUAUCUGGUCACCCUAAAUUAAACUAAUAGCUUCGCUACAUGUAGCGGCGCUACCGCCCCAUCACUGAUUAUUAACUACUUUUGAUCUGAAGGGAUUUGAGAAACAUUUCUAAUUAUCGAUUGAUCAAACAUUCAGUUUAUCAAGUAAACAUAUGGGACAAUAAAUACCAUAAAACAAACUACUUGUGGAGGAAAUUUGUGAAGGGUAAGAAAUGUUUAUUUAUGCAGCUGAAAUUCAUUGAUGCAGUUGAUUGCCUUGAUAGAUAGUGGGACACUGAAUCUUUAAUUUUUUUGGUUGAGCUUCCUCCCUCUCUCUUCCUGCCCUUGGUACAGCAGCUGUCUAUGUAGUCCUGAGGUUGUGGGAAGUCAUUAGCAGCUUAAGUAAUGGCAUCACUGAAUUACGUGGUCAUCUGAUUGUGCAUUUAGAGCCCUAUAUCUACUCAGAGAAAAUUGUUUAACUUUGAUCACUGCAUCGACCCCAGUUGAUGUGCAUGUGUGCCCUGUUCGAACAGUUAGGGAAACUUAUGCUUUAUGCUAGUUCGAUUUUUAGAUCCAUUUUGCAUUAAAAUGUGCUCUUCAUAUACAAACCAGUUCUCCAGCUCAUUACAACGGCUCAUUACGAAACUUUCAGGAAAUACACUUCUGAUCGUUGUAAAUAGUUAAGGAUGAAUAUAAAUAUGCCUUGUGUUCUUUUUCAUGACAAUGGAUACUCUUAUCCUUCUUCUUCCUCUCUGCAGAAAGAAACCAUUGGUGAUCUGGUCAUUGUAAAUGGCCAGUUAGGGCAUGCAGGGACAUACACCUGCACGGCACAGACAGUGGUGGACAAUGCUUCUGCCUCAGUCAAACUUGUGGUGAGAGGUCCUCCAGGCCCUCCAGGGGGAGUAGUUGUAAAGGAUGUGAAUGCAACAGCCCUGGAGUUGGGGUGGAGCCGGGGCUAUGAUAAUCACAGUCCAAUUGGAAAGUAUAUCAUUAUGGGCAGAUCACUGUUGUUUCAAGACUGGAAGCAAAUGCAAACAGAUCCGCCAAACAUUGAAGGAAAUGCAGAGUCAGCACGUGUGAUUGGUCUGCUGCCUUGGAUGGACUAUGAAUUUCAUGUCAUUGCUAGCAAUAUUCUGGGUAGUGGGGAACCCAGCAUGCCCUCACCAACUGUCCGAACUCAUCAAGCAGCUCCCACUGUGGCCCCCAGUGGUCUUGGAGGAGGAGGUGGAGACCGACAUGAGCUGAUCAUUACCUGGACACCUAUGGCACGGGAGUAUCAGAAUGGAGAUGGCUUUGGCUACAUCUUGGCUUUCCGUAAAAGAAAUGCCCCCACAUGGAUGGAGGUGAAGAUUCCCAACGUUAAGUCUUCACGCUACGUCUACAGUAAUCAGAGCCUGUCCCCCUACUGUCCCUUCGAGGUGAAGAUCAGGGCAUACAAUGAGAAGGGGGAGGGACCCUUUAGUCAGGUGGCUGUGGUUCACUCUGCAGAGGAAGAGCCUACUGUCUCUCCCCGAAAGAUCAAUGUCACGGCAUUGACUGCAUUUGAAAUAUUAGUGUCCUGGGAGCCUGCACAACUACUGAUGAUGAAUGUUCUACGAGGAUAUGAGAUUCGCUACUGGCGUCAACAUGACAAGGAGGCAGCAGCUGACCGUGUGAGGACUGCUGGUUUAGAGACAACGGCACGAGUCUCAGGCCUUCGGCCCAGCACUCUUUACUAUGUGAUGGUUCUGGCUUACAACAGUGCUGGCACGGGACCACCCUCGCCCCGUACCACAGUUAUCACCAAAAAGCCCCCUCCAAACCGUCCACCAAGCAAUGUCUCAUGGAGGACUGAUGGAUCCUGGGUAACGGUCAUGUGGGACCAUGUCAAGGCAAUGAAGAAUGAAUCUGCUGUGCUGGGUUAUAAGGUCCUGUAUAAACAUGAAGGUCAUUCUGCCUUGAAGGUUCUUGAAAAGGGCAAAACCUCCAUCAGCCUGCCCCUGCCCAAGGACAAUGGCUACGUGGUUCUGGAGAUACGUGCUUGGGGGGAGGGGGGAGAUGGAGUCCCUCACGAGACCAUUGUGUCUAGGGAUUCAGGAACUGGAAUGAUGGUUCAGAACAUUGCCAAGAUUCUCAACCCAUGCUCUUUUUUACUUUUUUCCAUUGUAUCAGUAUUCACAUUUAUUGGCCUACUUGAACUAUGAAUGGUUUUACUUCAGGCUGUAAGCCUGUUUCCUUGAUACACUUAUCUGACCUUAAUGAUUUUGUAUGUAUUGGGUGGGGUUAUCAUGUGAAACAUGCUUAAGGCAAGAACAAAAGUCAUGAUAAAUAGGUGGGAUGGGUGUUUAAAAACAACAAAAAUUGUAUUACUGUACGUGUGUUUUUCUAAAGAAAAGAAACUUUUAUAAGACUGUGGAGCAAUGUAUACUGGAAGAAUGCAAACUGGGUAAACUGACUGGACAGCCUGAUUGUGAAUUGAAAUAAAACACAUGCCUUAUGGUAAAAUAAAUGUGAAAAACACAUUUUCCCAGAAGCUGGUUUACAAACAUAUGGCCAUCCCUGUCCCUGUAACUCUCAUUCUCUUUUAAAUAACUACAAAUGGUGGCUCUCAA